AUGACGUCCUUAAGUCUCAAGUUGAUGACGAAGAAGAAGGACUAUGGCGCAGAACCAGUAAAGAAAAAGCUAGUCAUCGCCGGGAUCCGCCACCAGUUACUGCUUCUCCUUCGGCGCCGUCACCGUCUAUUCCCGCUGGUCUCUGCCGUCUCAGGAUGUCUCCUCUUCUUCCUCCUCCUCUCGUUUUCCUUCCUGUCUCCUCCUCCCUUGAUCCAUCUUCCACCCCUACGCAGGAACAAUCAAGUGGCCGUGGAACCCAAUUCAGAUCCGGCGACGCCUUUUCUUGUACCUGAAAAUGGCGGAAGAUUGGACCAUCGUCAAUUAUGGAGCUCGAGAUUGUCCAAAUCGUAUUAUGGCUGCAGCAAUGCCACUGACACCUUCUCUUCUCGAGUUACGAGAAGGCCGCAAAGCGAUCGCUAUUUACUGAUAGUUACAAGCGGAGGGCUAAACCAGCAACGAACAGGGAUAAUAGAUGCAGUGGUGGCUGCAUACAUUCUAAACGCCACUCUUGUGGUGCCUAAACUUGACCAGAAUUCAUACUGGAAGGACGCCAGCAAUUUUGAAGAGAUAUUCGACGUUGAUCGGUUCAUAACGCAACUCUCAAAGGACGUGAACAUCAUCAAGGAGCUUCCAAAAGAAGAAGAGCCAAGACUGCUUCAGGGACUACAGUCCAUGCGUGUUCCCAGGAAGUGCACUCCCUCUUGCUACAUGGAGCGUGUUCUCCCCAUUCUUAACAAGAAACAUGUUGUACAACUGUCCAAGUUCGAUUACAGGCUGUCCAACGAGCUUGACCCAGAGCUCCAGAAGCUGAGGUGUAGAGUGAACUACCAUGCCUUGAGAUAUACAGAGUCUAUCAACAGGAUGGGCCAAUUGCUGGUGGACCGCAUGAGAAGCAAGGCCAAACACUUCGUGGCCCUCCAUCUCAGGUUCGAACCUGACAUGCUGGCUUUCUCCGGAUGCUACUACGGGGGAGGCCAGAAAGAGAGGCUCGAACUCGGAGCUAUGCGAAGAAGGUGGAAAACAUUACAUGCGGCAAACCCUGACAAGGUACGGCAGCACGGGAGAUGUCCCCUGACGCCAGAGGAGAUCGGUCUGAUGCUCAGAGGCUUAGGUUUCGGGAGAGAGGUUAACUUGUACGUUGCAUCAGGGGAUGUGUACGGAGGGGAGGAUACACUUGCACCGCUCAGAGCUCUGUUCCCAAAUCUCCAUACAAAAGAGACUCUCACCUCCAAGCAAGAAUUGGCUCCCUUUGCCAACUUCUCAUCGCGCAUGGCUGCUCUUGACUUCAUCGUCUCUGAUGAGAGCGACGCUUUUGUCACCAACAACAACGGCAACAUGGCUAGAAUCCUAGCUGGAAGAAGGAGAUACAUGGGACACAAAGUGACCAUCCGUCCAAACGCCAAGAAACUCUACAAACUCUUCACAAACAGACACAACAUGACGUGGGAUGAUUUCUCCUCCAGUGUCCGAAGCUACCAGAAGGGUUUCAUGGGGGAACCAGAUGAAGUCAAACCGGGGGACGGGGAGUUCCAUGAGAACCCAUCCUCUUGCAUUUGUCGAACCAAGCCCACACAAAAACAUGUAACCCCGCAGGAUGACUCAUCAGAGUACUCAGACAUUGGCAAUGUCCCCCCCCACAGUCACUAG